ACAGCACCUGCGCCAGGCCACAGGGGACCCUUCCCGCAACCUCGCGAUACUUCCCUCGAGCAGCGGGCUGAACGGGAGCGUCGGGUCGCCCGGCAACUGCGCCGAGGCUGCCGAGGAACCGGAGGCCCGCGAAACUUACCAAACCAGAGGUACUGACUAGACUCGUCUAGCGAGCGGUGAGGUGACCUCCGGGAAGAAGCGUGGAGACGGGGGAAACCCUAGAGCCACGUUUCACAACCUUGCCUGCCAAAAGUUGGAAAUAAACAAUAUCUGAACCUGCUUCUGGACAUGAUAUCAAAACAGAGCUAUUGCUGAGAGUUUGGUUUAUAGAAAAAUCAUGGUUCGACUGACCUUGGAACUAAUUGCCAAAAACAGCAAUCUUAAACCCCGAAAAGAAGAAACCGUUGCACAAUGCCUGAAGAAAUUAACUCAUAUAAAUUUUUCAGACAAAAAUAUAGAUGCAAUUGAAGACCUCUCUUUUUGCAAAAAUCUUAGUGUUUUAUAUUUAUAUGAUAAUCGUAUUAGUGAAAUCACUAACCUGAACUAUGCCACAAAUCUGACCCAUUUAUACCUACAAAACAAUUGUAUUUCAUAUAUAGAGAACCUCAGAUCAUUAAAGAAACUGGAAAAACUAUAUCUGGGAGGCAAUUACAUUGCUGUCAUAGAAGGUUUGGAAGGAUUGGAAGAACUAAGGGAACUUCAUGUUGAGAGUCAGAAGCUUCCCCUUGGAGAAAAGCUUCUAUUUGAUCCAAGAACUCUUCGUUCUCUGGCAAAAUCCCUCUCCAUACUGAAUAUCAGCAACAAUAAUAUUGAUGACAUAAGAGACUUAGAAAUACUGGAGAAUCUUAAUCACCUCACAGCAGUGGACAACCAAAUUAUACAUAUAAAGGAUUUGGAGUUUUUACUGAACAAGCUGGUGAAAUUAUGUAAAAUGGAUCUAAAUGGAAAUCCUGUUUGUAUCAAACCAAAAUACAGGGACAGAAUAAUAUUGGUUUCCAAAUCAUUGGAAUUUCUUGAUGGAAAGGAAAUUAAAAAUGUGGAAAGACAAUUCCUAGUAAAUUGGAAAGCAUCCAAAGAAGCUAGAAAAAUCAGCAAGAAAAGGAACAGUAAAAAUGAGUGUGAAAUCAACUCUUAUAUAAGUAACUUUGAAACAAUGCAUCACAUAGUUCCUGUUUAUUACCCACAGGUGGGUAAGCCAAAAUUAGUCUUUUUCUCCAACUCACAGAGAUUUCUUUUAAAUGGAAAUACAUCUCCAGAAAGCUGCCAAGAAGAUAACACUAAAAUUAUUGAAGAUAUGGGGAAUCUCUCUUUGAAGGAAUCUGAAACCUUGCUAACAAAAAAAUGAUGUGCAUGAAUCUCAUCUUUUCCAUAAUCCAAAAGUAAAAGAAAAUUUGCUGAAAACAAGUAAAUUCAGCUUCAAGUGAUCUUAUUUUUUUAACUUCAUAAAACUUGGCAACAUUUUUUGAGUUUUUAGCUUUAUGAUGGUAUCUUAGUAUAUAAGAGUUUUUUAAUGUGUUGCUUGAUUUGCUUCUUUAUAGAAUCUCAAAUUUUGCUUUCCACGUGUGACAGUUCAAAGAUCUAUUUGCUUUAUUACUCAUUACACACAAUUUACUGGGGAAAUAAA